UUUUUGUGAAAAAGUAAAGUGCAAUUAAACGAAAAAAGCCCAAAAGAUUACAGAAGUAUUUUUUGGUGAAAAAGUUAAAUGGAUAUUACCCAACUAGAGAGACCCACCCGAUAGCCAUACCACCCAAGUUAACCCAAACUCAAAUCAAACCCCAUUUGUUUUCAGCUCUCCCCCUCCCUCCUUUCUUUACAAUUACUUAUCGUCGCAUCUGAUCUCACUCACGACGAAGCUUACCUUGACGCUCCAGCAACCAGAUAAAAUGAAUCCCCAUCUGUGACUGUUUCGCCAGCACUGACUCACUGAGCUAUCGUCGAUCGCCGUGAAUCUGUCUGCAUGAUUAUGGAUAAUACCCAGAUGCUUGUGUUUUGUUAUGCCAAUCCAUAUGUGGAUCGCGUUUCUCUUGAUUUUUGCAUUUUAUUCAGACGAUAUAGUAAUCAAAUCGUUCAGGAAAGUUUGCAAUGGAUUUUCUUCUUUUCAUUUGGGUUACUCCUCCUGAUGCAAUUACAGUUUGAUUUUAGUUUUGUUCAGAGAAAAAUUAAACCUUGAGUUUUGAUUUUCAACGUGUUCUUUUGCUUCAUCCGUUGAUUCCAAAUAAUAAACACUUCAAAAGUUCUUUGAUAGUCUAGCAUUAGCUGCAGUUUUCCUGUUUCAUAGACCCUGAUGUCUCUCAGAAAGCCCCCGCUUCCCCGUCUCCUUCUCGACAAUGUCUCUUGCAUGAGGAAUGCCCAACAAAUCUUGAGACAUGUAAAUGCCUCCAUUCAUGAUGGUGGAGCACUUGUACUGAUGGGCACUAAUGGCUCAGGCAAGACUACCUUCCUGCGUAUGUUGGCUGGAUUUUCUCGUCCUUCAGCUGGUCAGGUCCUGUGGAACGGCCAUGACAUCACAGAUUCAGGUGUUUUCCACCAGUACAAGCUUCAACUUAACUGGCUCUCCCUUAAAGAUGCUGUGAAGGAGAAGUUCACAGUUCUGGACAAUGUUCAGUGGUUUGAAGUUCUUGAAGGCAAGCAGGGGAAUUCAAUGCCAGCUUUGGAGCUGAUGGGGCUUGGGAGACUGGCAAAGGAGAAAGCAAGAAUGCUGUCUAUGGGGCAGCGGAAAAGGCUGCAGCUCGCGAGGUUGCUGGCAAUGGAUAGGCCAAUCUGGUUGCUUGAUGAGCCUUCUGUUGCUUUGGACACUGAGGGGCUGAAGUUGCUUGAAUAUAUCAUUGCAGAGCAUAGGAAGAAAGGUGGAAUUGUGAUUGUGGCAACACAUCAGCCAAUUGAGAUUGAAGAUGCCAUGUAUUUGAGGCUGCCACCUAGGUUCCCAAGGAGGAUGACUCUGGUAGAUAUGCUUGAUCGUUCGGAUUUUUGAAUUUCAAUGGACAAGGAAAAAAUUUUGUCAUUGAGAUUAUGAGAUUGAGAAGUCCUGUUAGUGGUGUUCAGUAGAAGAUUCUAAGCCAUUGCAAAAUGCAAAUUAUGGACUUCCGAUUUCUGUAGUUAAUGGUAACAAAACGUUUUUGCAUAUUUAUUAUGCAUGUUAAAUUCUGGACUCUCAUACCAGUUACCAA